AUGGCAACGACAUAUAAUGUUAAGCUAAAGAUAUAUGACUUAUCCCGAGGAAUGGUAAAAUUGUGGUCUCCGCUCUUAAUUGGGAAACAAAUUGGUGGAGUUUGGCAUACAGCCAUUUUGAUAUAUAACAUGGAGUAUUUUUACGGAGGAGGAAUAAUGUGUUUGCCUCCAUACGAAUUUGAAUCACAUUAUAACAUAAAACCAGUAGAAAUUAUAGAUAUGGGAGAAACUGAAGUAGAUAAAACCGUUUUUCAUGAUUACCUUGAUGGAAUUCGACCAAAUUUUACUACAGAUAAAUAUAAUUUAAUUAAUUGGAAUUGUAAUAAUUUUACUAAUGAAGCUUGUAAUUUUCUUCUUGGAAAAGGUAUUCCCCAAUAUAUUUUGAAUACACCAUAUGAAGUUAUGUCAACACCUAAAGGAAAGUUAAUAUUAGACAUGAUGCAGUCAUGCCAAACAUCUAUUGCACCGGGUAUGGAAAACAGUACCCCAAUUAAUAGUGAAGUAAAAAAUGAUAGCAAUAGUAAUAAUAAUGAUAGCCAAAAAAAUAAUGAAACUGUAUAUUCUAAACUCCCCAGCGUAUCUAUAGAUAAUUUUUUUACGGGGAAUAAAAUAAACAAUAUAUUUGAAGAUUAUUUAAAAAGUGAUAGAUAUAAUUCCAAUGAAAAAAAAAACUUUAUUAAUUUAUUAAAUUCAUUUUUUAGCAAAUUAAUUAACAAUCCAAAUAUAUUACAAAAUAGAAUAAUAUAUAAAAAAAAUAACGAAAUAUUUAAUAACAUUUCAAAUGAUUCUGAAUAUAAUAAAAUACUAUCUUAUAUUGGAUUUGUUAAAGGAUAUGUUGAAAUUGAUGAAAUAAAUAAUUUACAAAUUUUUACACUUUAUAUAGAUUCAACAUAUAGUAAAAAUUGUCCCACUUCAAAAAAUAUUGAUUUAUUUAUAAAUAAAAAAAUAUAUUUAAAAAGUUUAGAUUCAUCUAUUUAUAAAGUAGACCUAUUAUCUUUUAAAAAUAUUUCUGAAUAUGUUCUUGAUAGUAAUACAAAAAAAGCAAAUGAAGUUUACGUUUUUUUAUCAGAGUAUUUUAUAAGCAACCAUUAUGAUAUUACAAAUAGCAAAAAUGAUAAUAACAAUUUUAACACUAUAAAAAGUGCAAUUAGUUCAGAUAUGGAAACAGAAAAACGGUAUUUGGACAAUAUAUAUGAACUAGUAACAAAACACCUAAACUAG